AUGGCCCCCGGCGACGAAUACACAGCCGGCGGGGGCGGCAAACUCAAACUCAAAGGCUCCAAAGUCAGCGACGGCCGAGUAGAAAAGAAAAAGAAGAAGUCCAAGAAGAGCAAAUCCGACAAAGAGGGUGAGGCUGACACCGCGCCGCCCGAAGCUAGGCACCCUGAUGAAGACGGGGGGAGCGAGGACCACCACCGGGACCGCCACACACCUCCAGAUGAUGCGGGUGCAGUGGUAGGCAAGACAGAAGCGGAAAGGAAGUACGAGGAGGCGCGGAAGAAGAGGCUCUUGGAUCGUCUCAAGCGGGAAGGAGUCAAGACUCAUAAGGAGCGAGUGGAGGAGUUGAAUAAGUAUUUGAGCCGGUUAACAUGGGCUAAGGCUCUUAACGUCGUUGAAAAUCAUAUGACACCGGAUCACUUUGAGCUCCCACUGGCCCAGGCGGCUGGUUUCGCUGGCGCGCUAUGUGGCCUAAGCUACGAGCGUAGCUACCUUAGUUGCCUCACUACAGCCUAUCCACGACUUAAAGCAAAUGGCAAGAUCCCUGAGAUCAAUGAGUUUGGUAUUGACUGUACAACCAGUUAUCUGUAUGACACCCAAGCGGUGAGACGACAGCAGGUCCGAGCGGUCUAG